AGGGGGACACCCAGCGCGAGUAUGAGCUUCUGGCGGGGUGCUGAGGAGGAGAGGCAGCAGCCAGAGGUGGAGGAGAUGGGCUCACAUUUAUGAAUCACAAGUCCAACUGCAGGCUGGCAAGCGUCACGCAGACAUUGGAGGACGACCAAUUUGGGCUUUUACCUUUCUGCUCUAGGUGACUAACAUCAGGAGCUGUGUAUUUUUUUUCCUCGAACGUCUGCACGACCUGCAAGAAUGCAUCCAAAUAACUACUUGCCAGAGCUGGUGGCUGAGAAAAACACGUUGGACCCUCAGUUUGUCCAUGCUGUGCGUCUGCUUGCAGAAGAAAUUGAAAAGCACGAAGGUGAUGAACUGCGAAAAGACGGCAUUAUAAAGAAAUAUCUUGAUAUCAUCAGCAAUAAGAACAUUAAGCUGUCCGAGAGGGUCCUCAUCCCAGUGCAACAGUAUCCCAAGUUUAAUUUUGUUGGAAAGCUGCUGGGGCCUCGGGGAAAUUCCAUGAAAAGGCUACAAGAGGAAACAGGAGUGAAGAUGUCCAUCCUCGGAAAAGGGUCCAUGAGGGAUAAAGACAAGGAAGAAGAAUUGAGGAAAAGCGGAGAGGCCAAAUAUGCACAUCUGAGUCACGAUCUUCAUGUGUUAAUUGAGGUCUUUGCUCCACCGGGUGAGGCCUAUUCCCGUAUGAGUCACGCCUUAGAGGAGAUAAAGAAAUUCCUUGUUCCAGACUACAACGAUGAGAUCAGACAGGAGCAACUACGUGAGCUCUCUCUAUUGAAUGGCUCUGACGAGUCCAAAACGGGCAGGAAUGCACAAGCAAGGAGCUCUCGAGCAGCAACUACGGUAUCCAGCAGGGCCCGCAGGAGCGCGGGAAGAAGCGCGCGAACACCUCGGGGGACGGCGACUGCCACACACAGCAAGCUCACAGCGUCUGUUUUAAAGAGGGAGGCCCAAGCCCCCAGAGCCAGGGCGGCGGCGGCAAGUGGAGGUUACCGACCCUCGCUGUUAGCAGGCACUCAUGAAUCAUACGACGACUACGGCUACGACGACGGAUACGGAGGAGAAUACGACGACGAGAGCUACGACGCCUAUGACGACAACUACAGCAAUCAGUCAAAGAGCAUCUCAGAUUACUACGAAUACGGACAAGCAACAAACGACGAUUCCUACGAUAACUAUGAGGAGGAGUGGCCCACUUCACGUCCCAGUCUUAAAGCUCCGCUCCUACAGCUGACAAGAGGGGGAUACAGAAAACAUCCCUAUGGUAGAUACUGAAGGUGCUCCAUACAUAUGGCUUGUCUAAUUAUUCAUGAUAUUUAUUUAGAUUUAUUUCAAAAAAUGUUUGCCCAAAACCCGUUAAAGCAGCUGUUUUCAAAGUGUGAAAUGAGCACCUCAAAAACUAUACUAAUUAGAAUGCAUUAAAAAAACAUGUGUUCUUGUCUUACAUAAGGAUUACAAAUGACAGGCAAAAUCCCCCCUAAAAAGUGCAGUUCCCCUUUUUACAUGUGGGUUGGCGUGUAUCCUCUCAUCGAUUUCUUCUACGCUUCUGAGGCUGGAAUAAGUCCAGCGCUCCCUCAAGGUGGAACAUGUUAGUGCAAUUGAAGUUUGGAUGCGGCACACAAAAUAAAAUGAUAAAAUAAUCUCUCAAAGCCAUCAAAUAUAUUCUGAUCUAAAUUGAGACACCUGGAAAAAAAAUCAUAGAGAUGAGGAUGAAAGGACCAUAAUGCCUCUGAAUUUACUCUCUAAAAUCAAAAUUCACAUCCUUGUCUCGAUUGCAACUAAGUGUGAGGUCAUUUUUGAACUGUGUCUAUUUAAUUAACAAUACAUAUGCAAAAUCUAUCAAUUCAUUUGAUUUAUUUUUUUGACAGUUAAUAUUAAACUGUCAGCCGUCAUGCUCCCCCUAGCUGUCUAAGGUUAUCAUGAUGCGUCACAACUCCACACACAUUUGUACUAAACAAAAGUCUUAACAUCACCAAAAAUAUCAGGGUGGUUAUAAUAAAUGAAACAAAGUUUCACACAUGGAGUUACAUCCAUCCAGGUGCAUACACACACUACUUUACCAUGACAAAACUUAGACACUUGAAAAGCACUCACAACACAUUUGUUUUUCUUUUCCAAUACAUUCUAACUCGUAAAUAAACACUAGAAAGUGUCAGCCAACAAUGGACGUAAUGGAUAUUGAUCUAGUCCUUCUAUAAAGCCUUUUAAAAAUAUCCAAAACCUUCAUAAACAUUUCUGGUCAACACUUCCCACUUCCUGCUAAAUUCAAACUUGUGAAUGGAUACUCACUGUGGAAUGACAAGUGAGUAUCCAAUCACAGUCUCGUUAACAUCAGGCUACCUAGAUAGGCUACGGUCAACAACUUGUGAUCUGAUUGGCUAUCGUAACUAUCUCAACUCUGUGUUCUCAAAUUCAUCUGCCAACGGUCCCAAUGAGUAUCCAAUCACAGGACGCGUAAAUGUCAUGUUCAACCUUAGGCCAUCUAGAAGGUCUGACUGUCAACAACUCGUGAUCUCAUUGGCUAUCGCAACUGUCUAUCACCUGUAUGUCCCCGUUCUCUUACAGUGCACGGACGCCCGCAUUGUUGAUUUCUGAAGGCCUCUGGGAGAUUUCAUACAGCAUGGCAACAAAAGCUAGCUGAAUUCUGAUUGGAUACAAACUAAAACUAAGAACAACACCACUGGAAGGAGCAUAAUACGAUGUGAAGAGAAUAUGAAUCAUUUUAGAUAUUUAGGGAAAGUAAAUAAAAAAAUAAUUGUAUCUUAAAUUCUGAUCAUGAUUUCUGAUUAUGUUAGGCCUGCAAAGAAGGCCUUGCUGGCUAUCACUGGUAAAAAUUCUGUAAGUACAUAUGUAAUAUAGCCAUAGGCACAUUUAAAGUAACGUGUAAAAUGUACGUAUUUUGGUCAUUUUAAGCAUACAGCGACACAUUAAUUUCACAGACGCGUCACGUUCACUAUUUCCUUCAACAACAGUUAUAACUAAUUAUGGCAGAUUUCAUGAGAGACACAGCAACGAUUACUUUGGGACAAAUGAUGACACAGAACUUUAUCUUGUUGACCCAGAACAUCCAGAGAAGGAGUUAAAAGUUUUGGCCUUGUUCACACUGCAGGUCAAUUCAGACUUUUUUGCCCAUAUGCGACAUUUUUUUUUCCAUGUCCGCGUGUACUGCGCAACCCCCAAUUUUUCAUGUCCGACCCAGGCCGUUUUCAUACGUGGAAACAGAUUGGAUAUAUAUGCAAUGCGUCCUCGAUGUGAAUGCUCCCACACCAGGGGUCACCAACCUUUUUGAAACCAAGAGCUACUUCUUGGGUACUGAUUAAUGCGAAGGGCUACCAGUUUGAUACACACUUAAAUAAAUUGCCAGAAAUAGCUCAAUUUGCUCAAUUUACCUUUAACUAUAUUUUAUUAUUAAUAAUUAAUGAUAUUUAUCUUUGUGGAAACACUGAUCAUCUUAAUGAUUUCUCACAAUAAAUAUGUAUAGAAAAAGAUAAAUAUCAAUAUGGAACACUUUAUUUUUAUAUUUUCUCUAAGUGCACAUUUUUCAAAUUGAACAUUUUCAAAUGAUCACUUCGAAGACAGUCUUGUGAAAUCACAAUAUCCCAUUUUAACUAGCUAGCAACUAACAUUUUUUAACAAAUCAUAAAUUACUUUGCACCAUGUUUGUACAAAUAAUAACUCAUGUAAAAUACAAAAGUCAACUCUCAAAUGUUUAAAUAAAUCAUGUCACACUUUGAACUGGACACCAAAUCUGUUAUCUGUUUCUUUGUCAGUUAGUGGGAAGCCUGGCAUUGCAUGCUGUUAACUAGUGUGUUGUACUCUGGUGUGUAACUUGACACUGCAACUCUGAGUGAGUCUUGCAGAUGUGCAUCAGUGAGGCGUGUUCUGUGUUUGUUCUUGAUGAAGUUCAUGUCAGAAAAGGCUAUUUUACAAAGAUAAGUUGAACCAAACAGGCUUGCAACCUCCAUAGCUGCUGCGCAUACACCACUGUACUUUUCUGUGUCAACAAGGCACCAAAGGUUUGGUGCAGCCUGGUGGGCUGUAAAUCGUCAGGAAAGAAGAGGAAGGAAUUUAAAAGGUAAAAGGGUACAUGUGUUUAAGAAUCCUAAAAUCAUUUUUAAGGUUGUAUUUUUUCUCUAAAAUUGUCUUUCUGAAAGUUAUAAGAAGCAAAGUAAAAAAAUAAAUGAAUUUGUUUUACACAAGUGAAGACCAAGUCUUUAAAAUAUUUUCUUGGAUUUUCAAAUUCUAUUUGAGUUUUGUCUCUCUUAGAAUUAAAAAUGUCGAGCAAAGCGAGACCAGUUUGAGAUAUUUUUAGAACAGGCCAGCGGGCUACUCAUCUGGUCCUUACGGGCUACCUGGUGCCUGUGCUGGUGACCUCCUGGUUUAGGACCUACUGCAAAGCAAAGCUAGUCAAAGAUCAUCUACAUGACAACACUCUAGUGGUUUUUCGGAAUCUACUGAAUCUCUCUUCCAGGUUUUUUUUAACCGGUGAAUAAGUUGAAUAAUCCUUAAAACAGCAGUGCACAUUAUUUAGCGUUCUGAAAAUUGCCAAUAGGACAAGUUAGGUAAAAUGGAUAACAGAUUAUAACAACAAGGAAAAAGAAAAUAGCUAUAAUUUCUAUAUUUCCAUUUUGAAAAUCGCUGCUUUAGUUCAUGUUUUUUCCUGUCAAGUAAAAAAAAAAAAAAAACCUACUGUAUGUAAACAAUAUUUGCAUCUCUUUUUUUACAUUACUUUUCUUUUAUUUUACACAAACACAAUCUAUGAAACAAAUCCAACCCCAAUCUCACAAAAAAUUGACUCCUGUUCACCACUUUUAGUUUUGUACGUAUAGAUUUUGUAAGUACAGGUUUGUGAUGACUGCUUGGAAGUAACUGCAUGGUUUCCCAAUAAGAGGAGAAAGGUGAAGUAGAUAAAUAAAAAAAAACACACACAUUGUGCAACUCUAAAUCAUUACCUGGAGGACUUUAUGGCGUGGUUUUUCCAAUCUCUGCGAUACAACCGAUGCAAGCAAAAUGUUUUUCUUUGGGGUUGAAAGCAAUCAAGCAUUGCAGAGUGUGUACUUUAUAAUGAGUGCUUUGGUGAAUUGUGUCCAAUCUGUAUUUGUACAUAGAGGAUUUAAUAAAAACGCACCCCCAACACCGUGUGUAGGUCUCUCUAAAUUGAUGGGGCUAUUUAUGAUUUCAUUUCUUCAUCUAAUGUUGCUGCCGAAAUGUAUUUAAUCCUGUUAAACAUUUGCAUGAUUUCCACUAACUCACUGCAUAAACAAACAAUUACUCUGUCCUAAAUCAAUUUUUGCUUUUAUAAUUUAAAUUUCUGUUUAAUCGCCUAGGUAAUGGUGAUGGAUUUUACAAUAUAUCACGGAAGUAAUUAAUGUUUUUAACCCAUUUUGUGAGGUAUGACAUCAGUAAACAGACCGACACUAUUGACAUAUGGCGUUAAAAAGGUAAGAAGUCCCCUUAUGUUCUAUUAUCUUAAUAAUGUAAAUGUGCAUUCAGAGCACAACAAACACGUAAGUUAUGUGAUUGCUGAAUAUCAAAUUUCAGCAUUUUUUUUUUUUAUCUGCAAUGUCUUUUCUAACCUUUUUUUCCCCCACCACCCUAACUUUUCUGUCACUGAACUUGAGACCUUGCAAUGCAUCUUUAAACCUCAUGGCUGCCGUCCAGUUAAACUCUAAACAGGUAUUAUAGCACGGUAGCAGUUGCGGACAAGCGGGCAUAAAACAGUACAAUGUAUGAGAGGAUCUGUUGGAUUAAGGUUGUUUCUACGACGCAGAGGGAAUUUAGCACGAGCGAGACGUGAAUAAAGACUGGAGUCUAAGGUGCUUAAAGACUUUGCCGCUGUCAUCACAUUUCUUCAUCCUUCAAAGAGCCACUCUGUCUGUGAGCGUCUUAUAUACUGUAGGCAGCACUCGGCCAAGAAUCCAGCAUCAAAGAAGUGGCGGAGCCGCGUUGAUGUCACCUGUUGUUUUUCUGCACGGCUCAGGUUGUUUGGACUUUUAUAUCUUAAGAAAGAGAGUGAGUUUGGUUGACUGACAGUGACUUGUCAACGCCAGCUGCCCCAGCUUGAAAGCACUGCUGGUUCCCGAGCAACCCAACUUGAACUGAAAACUACCUUCUAGAAAUGUCAACAUUUUGUAAGAAAGUUUUUUUCCAAAGCAAUUAAAGCUGAGUGUAAUUGUUUUGUUUUUCUUUGGUUGUUGUUGUUGUUAAGUUUCUUGAGAGAAAUUAAAAUACAGGGCACUUUAUAUUAAAUUCUACUGCAAACGUAUUCCGAGCCUCCUGUCACUGAUAAUUAUAUAAUGGCAAUUUUUUUUUCAAACGUGCUCACUGUGGGAAACUGCAGUAGUGCUGAUUUUGUAAACAGUUAGAGAUUUGUCAGAGUUUCGUUUACCUAAAUAAAACUGUCAUUACAUUUUUAAGGGGUGGGAGUAACUAAGAUUUACUUCUUUCCACUCCUUUUUGGAGAUUAAAAAUACAAUCAUGUAUUGUUUUAAUUUUUUGUGUUUUCAAUGUGAAGUAUUUUCUUACAAUUUUUUUUUUCUUUAUUUCUUUUGCAUGCUCGAAAAAAAAUUAUUAGUAUGAGGGGCCUCAAAAUAAAAUUUUGCUUCGGGCCCCAAUUAGCCAGGAGCGGCCCUUUCUGGACCCCUGCACUGCACAAGGAUGGGUUAUAUUCCGCUGUUUGUGGUAUUUUUUUUCUGUCACUUUUCACUUUUUCCUUUCCUGACAUAAACCUCACUGGAAAUCGAACCCAUGCCCUUUACCAAGGCAGAAUGUACAAAAACACCACAAAUGGAUUUCA